AUGGGAAAGGAUUACAGAUGGCAAAAAGGUCCAGACUUCAUGAAGAAGGACAUCAACGAAUGGCCAAUCAAACAUGCAAAUGAAGUUCAUGCGAAAAAAGAAGAUCUGGACAUAAGAAUAAAAGAUCCACGGAUGACCAUUGGAAGAUGCCAGUCACUAUGUGUCCAGAUUGAUGGUGGAACAAAUGAAGAUUAUUCAGCUCAGCAGUCGCUUCAGACAGAUGUGGAACAUAAGCUAAAGUCACUGAACCCAAUACUGGACGCCAACGGUGUGUGGAGAGCACUAGGUCGUACUGGUGCUGCUCUAUCAAACCCGCCUGCGAUUAUACCAUACUCUGAACCCUUUGCAGAGAUCUUGGUGCGUAAAUGUCACCAACCGCAGCACUCUGGUGCGGAUACUACUCUUGCCCUAGUACGUGAGCAGUUCUGGAUCCUCAACAGUAAACGGUUUGUCAGCAAAGUUGUGUCGCAGUGCCCAUAUUGUCGCUUUAUACGGAAGAAGAUCGCCCAAGUAGAGAUCGCUCCUCGUAAGGUGGAACAACUCGUGCGAUCACCAGUAUUCGAGCAUGUGGUCAUUGACAUAGCUGGUCCGUUCAAUACCAUCGCAGAUCGCCGAGACGAGAAAUUACAGGUAAAUUCUGGUAAAGCCUGGAUUCUGGUCAUCGUGUGUCUUGCAUCUGGUGCGGCCCACAUAGAGGUCCUUGAAGGUUAUGAUACCAACUGCUUCCUUGCAGGUUUUGAUGCUUUCACUAGAAUCCGCGGAAAACCCACGUCUGUGACUGCAGAUCUUGGUUCGUAA